AUGUCUGAUCACCAAUACAAAUUUAACGUGGCUAUGAGCUGCGGCGGCUGCUCUGGGGCCGUUGAGCGGGUCCUAAAGAAGCUGGAAGGUGUCAAGUCUUACGAUGUGAACCUCGAAUCUCAAACGGCGACCAUUUCCACCGAGCCGACUGUUUCGUACGAUACCGUGCUGGCCGUUAUUAAGAAGACUGGAAAAACUGUGAACAGUGGGGAGGCAGAUGGUCAGACUAUGAGCGUUUGA